AACAGCAAAUAUAAAAUGUCAUGAAUUUAGCUAAACUAACAGUAAUACAUAAAAGUUCGAUCUUGAGACACUGUUCUACAAUAUAUUGAUCAUUAUUAGAAAUUAUGACCAGAGUAAUCUUUCUCUGUGCAGUUCUUGGAAUUCUGUCACAAGGGGUUCAUUUAUCUGAAGCAGAAGUUAAUAAUGCAAGACAUGUUACGCAAGCAACACUUUUUGGCGAUGACAUUAAGUCAUGGCUUACUCCUUAUGAGGGAAUUUUAGCAACGGAAAAUACUCCUGUUUACGGUUUGGUAAAAAAGCCAAAAGUUUCUGUGAAUGAUACUGGAUAUGAAUUUAUUGAGCAUAAAGACGUCAUGAAAAAUGUUAUUGCAUACUUGCGUGAAAACAAAUCUGAUGCAAUUACUACGCCAAGUACUAAACCUCCCAAAGUUCAUCAAGAACAGAACACUGUAGUUGAAAAUAAAGUUCCUGAAAGGUCUGCCCGACAAAAAAUUUCGGACGAUAUAAACCAGAAAGUUUACGAUAUAAUUAUGAAAAAUAAUUCGAAAUCAAAGAUAUAUAUAACGAUUCAGACAACACCAAAACCUUUUGUACCAUAUCCCAGUAUUGUAUAUCCUGAGAUUCUCGUAAUUGUUGACAAUGCGCUAUUCAAAAAAUUGGGCAGUAAUGUGCGUGAUGUUGUAACCCAUAUUCUAGCAUUUUGGAAUGGUGUAGACUUAUUGUUUCGGAAUCUCGAGAGUCCAAAAUUCAGAUUCAAUAUUGAAGCAAUUCUCAUAAUUGAGGACCCAGAUGGUUUUACAAAAUUAGAGUACGCACCAAAUAAAAUAGAUGCUAAUGAACUACCGUCCACAAUUGGCAAAUGGUUGUACCGUAACAAAAAUGCUUUUCCACUUGAUAGUUACGAUGUAGCUGUUUUAAUGACAUCCAAUUACUUGAUCUCACGAAGGAAUGAAACAAUACUUGGAGGUAUAUCAAAUUCAGCAGGGGCAUGUAAAAUUUUACACGGAUCAAAAUUCGUUGCCAAGACAACAUUUGUUACAGAAAUUGGUGAUUUUUACGGUAUUCGUAGUAUGGCUCAUGAACUAGGACAUUCGUUUGGUAUUGUAAAUCAUGAUGGCGAAGGUAACCAGGGAUGUCAAACAAAAGAUGGUAAUAUUAUGGGACCUACCACCAGAAACGUUGGAUCUAAAUACUAUGAAUGGUCACGGUGCAGCUUGGAAGAUUUAACUCAAUCUUUUAUUGAGGGUAAUCUUAUCUGUUUAUAUAACGAAAUUCAUAAGGAAGGUGCCGCAGUUCCAAGAUUAUUACCUGGAAAAAUAGCCGGCUUAGAUAAACAGUGUGAUGCCAGAGUAGCGAACACUUUUUCUGUCAUUAACGAAGAUGAUUGCAGAAAAUACUUUUGUCGGACAGAGGAAAAUAGUAAUGGGAGUUAUGAGCAAACUGAAUGGCCAGUAGGGCCUGCUGAUGGGUCCAGUUGUGGCCAAGGUAAAAUGUGUCUCCUUGGAAAUUGUGUGCAAGAAAAUCUCAUACAUUAAUCGAGUACUUUAAAUUUUCAACGCAAGAUGUACGACAAUAAUGACGAAAUUGAAAAAUAGUAAAUUAUUACUAUUUCAUAAAAUGGAGUGAUUUAAAUUAAUGAUAAUGUUUUGAAACGUACCUAAUAAUUACUUAAUAAAAUGUUUUUCAAAAUUA